AUGGCUACAAAUGAUGCUAUGGCAAGGGAAAAAGGCAUUACGGAGAACGUCAUCUGUAACGAUCCUACCGAGGCACACCAUGAGAAGAUUGAUGCUGAAGAGCAGGAAAGCGUUCCACACUUCCAUGCUAAGACCUGGCUGGUAGUUCUCGCAGUAUCGCUGAUCUACGCCGCUCAUGUGAUGAACCUAGUCGGCCUGGGCACGCACGGCCUUGACAUAGUGGCAGUCAUCGGUGGCGCACAAAAGUCGUCUUGGCUGAUUGGAGUUAAUGUCAUCAUGGUGGUCGUCUUUGGUCCCCCUUUUAGUCAGGCUGCUGAUUUUUGGGGUCGCCGUUGGUUCCUUAUCGUCCCAACUUUUUGUGGCGGAAUCGGAUCCAUCAUUAUGUCGAGGGCAACAUCCAUGGAUAUGGCACUUGCUGGGCAAUGCAUUGUCGGUGUUUCGUAUGGUGCACAGCCUUUGCUGCAUGCCGUGGCUUCUGAGGUCCUUACGCAUCGCAAUCGGGUUGGUGCCCAAGCUGCAGUCAAUGCUGGGUCAGGCCUGGGAGGAGUCGCAGGUCUCCUUCUUGGAGCGGUGAUGAUGGGAAAUGGCAACCCAAGUGGUUUUCGCAAUUACUGGUAUAUGACUGCGGCUCUAUACCUCGUUGCUGCUGCUGUCACGACUAUAUUUUACACUCCACCACUGCGCAAAUUGCAGACCGAACUUUCACUCAAGGAAAAGCUCGGCCGCCUAGAUUGGAUUGGAUAUGUACUUCUUGGAAGCGGCCUUGUUCUUUUCAUGAUGGCCCUUUUCUGGGCACAAAAUCCUUAUCCUUGGAAAGAUCCACAUAUCCUUGCUCCUCUGCUGAUUGGCGCGACAAUUAGUGCUGCUUUUGUCACAUACGAGUGGAAGCUCAAGGCAGAUGGUAUGGUCCACCACGGUUUGUUCUCACAAGACCGCAACUUUGCUAUUGCCCUUGGUUGCAUCUUCUGUGAGGGACUCGUAUACUUUGCCGCAAACGCUUUCAUGCCUUUUCAGCUGGAGAUCCUCUAUGAAACGAGCAAAAUAAGAAUAGCAUUGCAGUAA